CCGGGCGCAACCUCAACGAGGAAGUGGAGCACCACAAAGGAUCCAUAAUAACCGAGUGGAGAUAGAAGCCACCAUGCACGCUAAAUACAAGGAGACGAGGGGCGAACUUCAGGAAAAGCUCGAGAAAAAGCGGUAGGAAUGCAUGUGCAUCAAGCAAAUGUCUCAGCGCAUAGUGGCUGAGUCCGCUCCCGAACUUGCACGUUUUGAAGCUCGAAUCCUGCGGACGCAAGAUGUGCAUUACAAGCAACUCCAGACGCUGGAGGGCGUUCAAGGGCAGGUAACUAGAAUCCUAACUGAGAAAAGCAUCACAUUUGCGAGUUGGAAUAAGAGCAGUAAGACCAGAGCACUGGCGGAAGAGAGUCACCAGAAGCACCUUCAAAGUCUCCUGGAGAAAACACGCGCCGCGAAAGAGAGAGCAGCAGAAAGGGAACGCGCAGGACAAGCGUUAGUGUCAUUGCCGACAAUGUCCGAGCACCCACGUGACACACGAGUGGCUGUGACGACUCAUUGCCUGUCUCCGAGUCGCCGACAUCGCAGUAGGCAAGCUUCAUACAGAGAGGGCGGUGCCUUGAAGAUCUUGAAUAAGGUGGAGAAGGGAGGUGUGUUUAUUUGUGAGGAAGUGGGGCGGGCAGAGCGGUGGAGUGAGAGAGGUCGCUGACAUCGCAGUGGACAAGCUUGGCGACAUAUGAGAGGGUGGUGCCGUGAAGAUAAUAAGAUGGAGAAGAGAGGUGUCUUUAUUCGCGAGGAAGUGGGGCGGACAUUUACAGCUCUUUGCAUAAAGGAUGGCACCGGCGUGAAAUUUUCGUUCAAUUAGGAAAUGUUAGACUUAGUGAAAUUUUGCUCAUUGUACACUCACAUCCCCUGUAAUUCAUUAUCAUCAUGCCGUUUAUAACUAUUCCUGCCUCCAAAAAACACAAGAGCCUGCUAGAGCAUGACAGUGACCUUGAUUCCAAUGGGUCCG